CGGUGGCAAAGCCUGUGUGUGCUGCUGAGGCGGCUGCUCGCCCGGGACCCGAUGGGUGCGUGCCUUUCCCUGGCCGACAGGUGAGGCCGGCGGCUGCGAGGAGGCAGUGAAGGCGGAGGAGGGGCAGGGCAGCCGGAGACAGACCGGGCACCCCCCUCGGAGGCCGGAGGGCCCGGCUUCGUGGGGGUCGCCGCUCGGUCGCCGGCGGGAAUCAUGGCAUCGCUGGUGGAGCGAGUGCGGGGCAACGGGCGCGUCGUCGCCGGGCUCCUGCUCAACCUGCUGGUGUCCAUCUGCAUCGUGUUCCUCAACAAAUGGAUCUAUGUGCACCACGGCUUCCCCAACAUGAGCCUGACCCUGGUGCACUUCGUGGUCACUUGGCUGGGCUUGUACGUCUGCCAGAAGCUGAACAUUUUUGCCCCCAAAAGUCUGCAACCCUCCAAGCUCCUCCUUCUGGCCCUCAGCUUCUGUGGCUUCGUGGUCUUCACCAACCUCUCUUUGCAGAACAACACUAUAGGCACCUAUCAGCUGGCCAAGGCCAUGACCACGCCGGUGAUCAUAGCCAUCCAGACCCUCUGCUACAAGAAAACCUUCUCCACCAGAAUACAGCUCACGCUGUGGGUAGGAGCCAAACAGCAUGAAUUGCAAGUAAACUCAAUGCAGCUGCUGUACUACCAGGCCCCUAUGUCAUCUGCCAUGUUGUUGUUGGCUGUGCCCUUCUUUGAGCCAGUGUUUGGAGAAGGAGGAAUAUUUGGUCCCUGGUCAAUUUCUGCUUUGCCCUCCUACCCCACACUUCCACAUCCUUUUACCACAUCCCUGCCCCCUGAGGUUAUGGUGCUGCUAUCUGGAGUAAUAGCUUUCAUGGUGAACUUAUCAAUUUACUGGAUCAUUGGGAACACUUCACCAGUCACCUAUAACAUGUUUGGACACUUCAAGUUCUGCAUUACUUUAUGUGGAGGAUAUGUUUUAUUUAAGGAUCCGCUGUCAGUUAACCAGGGUCUUGGCAUCUCAUGUACAUUACUUGGCAUUCUUGCCUAUACCCAUUUUAAACUCAGUGAACAGGAAGGAACUAAGAGUAAAUUGGUACAGCGUCCUUAACUGGGUGUUUGUGGAGAAAAGAAAGUUACCUCAAGAAGAUUAAAAAUGUCAAAUGUGCAAAUUACUUUUCAAGAAGAAAAAAAAACUUGUAGUGCAAAAUUCAUUGAAUCAUGGUUUGUGAGAAGUAACAUACAGGGAAUUUUAUUCAUAAAUGUGACUUUUGUUAGAGGAUCACUUUUUAUUCUCCAAAACAAAAAUGGGUCAUCCUUUUCAAAGAUGAUUGUAUGACAUAAGAAGUAUAUAGGAUGGUUUGGUUAUACCAAGUGAAGUACAUGAAAAUUAAAAUUCUAUACUGAUGACAAAGGAAUUAGUAUUACUGUACUACAAAUGUGUUGUGGCAUUAAAAUGUUCAGAUUCUUCUAAGGAAGAACACCUAGGACUCCUACAUGCUAGAAGAUGGUUUCUAAUUUUGGUCAAAGUGUUCAAGUCAGAAUUUAGAUCUAGCACAUCUAUUUUAAUUAGUUAGUUAAACUUUCUGAUUUUUAUAGAAAACGAAGCGUCAUAAAGAAGGUGAUCUGUAAGGCAAAACCUAAUUCUAAAAGUGCUAUUUUUUAGUGGAAAAUUGAUGUAAGAGAUAAUACAUUAUCAAACAAUAAAAAUAAAGUUUCUCUAAUAGCUGACAUAAGGCUAAUUUCCAAAAUGUGACAAUAACUCAUACCCCAGCUUCACCAUGUUAUUAUCCUGACACCAGUCACUCACGUGGCACUUUCUAACCGUAACCACCCAGAGAGAUCUCCACAAAUUAGGACUCCGUCCUUCCAUCCCCUGCCAAAUAGGCAAACACCAGCCUCUGCUGGCUCUCACUGCCCACAGUGGGUUGGAUAAUUUGCUAGAAUUUACGCUCAGAACUCACAGAGACUACCUCUACUUGCAGUUACCCAUUAAUUAUAACAAGAAAGGAUACAAGGCGAAGAGACACAUCAGUCAAGGUCUGGAAGAGGUUGCUGCACAAGACUUCCAUUGUUCCCAGGGAUUUUCUCACCACUCCAGGAAAGAGGACCGUUCAGGGUCGUGUAAUCCUCGGGGCCCAAUGCAUAUGUAUGAAUCAGUAUGUAUGAUUGCUUCCUUCUCGCCUCCUCCCAUUCUGAGGUUUGCUUCCAGCGUGGGGCCUGUGUAGCCAGCGUAGCCACUACUCCUUUACUUUUAAGUGUUGCCUGGCUACUUCAUAGAAUAAAAGCCCCCUGAUUGCUGGCAAAUUCCAGGACCUUUUUUCAGAAACCAAAGGAAAACAGCCAAAUCGAGCUCUUUGUCCCACAGUAGAUAUUCUCUUGUUGAGCUUUCAGUGAACUCUAGAAUCUGUAUGCGGAGUUCAACAACAAAAUAACCUUAUGUGUAAGUGGCUGAAAGAAAAGACAGUAGGAUGGAAUUGAACAGGCCUCUUCUUAUCCCAGUGACUGCUUCCCAGCCUCUCUGAGCAUUUCAUAUUGGUAUUUUUUUUUUUUAAUUUAUGGUGAAAAUAUACAUAACAGAACAUACACCCAUUCAACAAAAGAGCAAAAUGCUCAAGGCGAACAUUCUUUAUUAAAUGAGUUAAAUUUAUCUUUAGUUUGUAUUGGUAAUUUCUUAAUACCUCCUCCCUGCCACCACUCCCUACCCCCAGCCUUGCAGCAUCCGUGGAGCUUUCUUUGGCAUUUGGAUUUGGAGUGAACUGUGCUCAGCCUUUCUGAGGUGGCUGAGGAAAAUUCCUGUGCAGCGAUUCAGGGCAAAUGUUAUCCAAACACCAAGCAGAAACUUGGUGAAAAUCUGAGAGAUUUGGAAGAGAAAUAGCCAAUGUUUAAUUAGUUCCAUGAGUUUUUAAAGGGAUAAUUUAAAAGAAUUGGGGUAUGGCAGGAGUACGUGAUUCCCACUUAAGGAAAUGUAGUGCCGUAUAUUUAAUUGCAAGAUGUGUUCCUGCUUUCUAACUUCUUUACUUUUGAGCAUUAAAAAUAGUUGAUAAUCUCUCACAAUAAAUUAAGUCAGAUAACCCCUCUUGUAAUAAACUUUGAAGAAAAACUCUGAACAGCACAUAGAGCCAUGUGUAUAAAAUACACCCUUUGGAUUUUUUUCUGGCCCAUUUGAAAUGAAAAUCCUUGCUGACAAUCUAUUUUGACAGAAUUUCAAUUUAUCAGUCUGUCGUGUAUGGUUUUCUGUUUUUGUUUUAAACAUUCUUUGGUUCUCAGUUUACAAAGAUAUAUUUUAUUGUGCUAAAAAGUACAAAGAAAUUUGUCUCUACCAGAUGAGCCUCGGGUAUUAUGUUUGUCUAAGAAACGUCCUGUGUGUAUGUUUAAAGUAAUGUAUAACUGUUUUCCAAAAACUGGAGAAAAGUAUUUCAGCACAGUGAGGAUUAUGUGACAUUUAUACACUGAAAGCAGCUGAGUGGAUUUGUGCCAUGCACAAAUUAUUAACUAAAUAAAACUCAGGGCCACUUGGGAGGUUAUAAUAAAUGACCUAUGUCAAUAGGAAUGUAGUCAGGACGUUGGAGAAAGGCAGAGUGGGGAUACGUGUAUAUAAAUGAAUAAAAUAUGUGCUGCUAGAACUAGAGUCUGAUGAACAUUUUUUGCCCUGAAGAUGAUCAUCCCAUUGAAAAGAAAAUUCCUGGGGGAAAAAAAAAUACACUGUAUCAUCGGGACCAGCAAGAGACAAACCAGAAACUUGAUGCUUUUGAAGAAAACAUGCUGUCCUUUUGUUACCAAUGUUACUGUGCUUAUUUUGUAUCCUAUGUUAAGUGAUUGAACUUCAGUUUAUACCUGUUACAAAUAAAGAGAACCUGAUGUUUUUACUUUGA